CCGGUUUGAAACUCCGGCAACGUUGAAACUAUUAGCGCUAUAAUAGUUUUAAAGUUAUUCACAUUAUUAUUGUUAAAACUUCACCUGGAUGACCACGUGGACCUGGUCACGUGACGUGUUCGACUCCUGCAGUUUUAAGCAUCAUGGCGGCGUCCCCGGAGUCCACCGUCACCUCCCUGCUGUCCAGCUCGGGUCACCUCCGAAGCGGCCUGGAGCCAGCCGAGCCCGCCGACAUCAUCCGCUACGGAGACCAGGACUACGAGUCGGCGUCGGCAGCGCUGGACGCCUACAUCAAGGACUUUGACAGGAGCGGACAUGGCGUGGCGUCGCUGGCGGGGACCCUGGUUCUGCCCCGGGACCGGAGGAACCGGGUCGGGGGACUCCGGAACAGAGACGUUCUCCGGGAGCGUCUGACCGACUGGGAGCUGGACUACCUCAACCUCCCCGCGGGCCUACACCGUCGCCCCGGCAACCGCCUCUCCAUGACGACCGACGAGCUGCUAUCCAUCCACCGUCGCCCCAGCAACCGCCUCUCCAUGACGACCGACGAGCUGCUGUCCAUCCACCGUCGCCCCGGCAACCGCCUCUCCAUGACGACCGACGAGCUACUGUCCAUCCCCCGCGACGGCUCCAUGCCCGUCACCCGCACCUCCGCCUUCUGCCUCCAGGCGUCCCGCCCCGCGCCCCCCGGCCCGGACCUGCACCUCCCCCGCUGGCUCACGGGCAACAAGGCCCGCCUGGACUCCUCCGACAUCGGCAGCGUUCCCGACCUCAGCUACCCGCCAUGGCUCCGCCUCUGUGACCUCACAGAGGAGGCUCCGCCCCCUUCGGCGUGGGAGGACCCACCACUUGAAGAGCUCGGGGAUCUGAGGCUGCAGCUGGCCGAGCAGAUCUCUCUGCUGGCCACCAACGGACGAGGCUCCGACGUCCUCCAGACGCUUUCCAGAGGUAACCGGAUCGAGACCCUGAUCCAGAAGGCGGACCAGGUGUUGACCUCUCUGUCCCGGAGCUCCUCAGGUGGAGGAAACUGUUCCGGUACCGAUCUGUCAGGACUGGCUGGUGCCGCCGAGGCUCCGCCCCCCGGAGGAGUGGAGGUCCAGGGAGGCGGUCUCCACGGUCUCCAUAGCAACAGUCUCCAUGGCAACAGCCUCCCCCAGCAGCCCGGACCAGUGGAGGGUCUGAAGCAGAUGCUGUUCCGGCUGCAGGCGCUGGAGGCGGAGCUGCAGAGCCCCGCCCCCUGCCCCGCCCACCCUGGGGUCACCUGACCGAGGGGGGUGGAGCCAGGACAGGAUGAAGGACGCUCCUCUUCCUCCUCCACCCGGGGGAGUUCUUUAGUUCCCGGGGACUGACUCAUCUCCGUGGAAACGGGGGCGGGCCCGAGUCCAGGACUGACACCAUUCUGAUAAAAAUAUAUAUAAUAAAAAUACUAAUGUAUAAAAUAAUAAAUAUAUAACUCACUAAAAAUAUAAAAUUAUAAAUAUAUAAAUGAAUAAAAAUCUAAAUAAUAAAAAUAUAAUGUAUAAAAAUAAACAUAAUAAAAGUAUAAAUGUACAAAAAUAUACAUAAGAAUAUAAAUGUAUAAAAAUAUGUAUAUAUUGUUCAUUUUUUUCCUUAUUUGUGAAUUUUUUCCCAAAGAAAUGUUUUUCCUGAUUUUUACACUAAAUAUAAGAAAAUAAUAAAGUGCAUUUUUUUCAACUUAUAAAGAACAUUUACGAUACAAGUUUAAUGGUGAAAUGACAUCACAGAAAUUGUAAUUAGAAUUUUUGAAGACAACAUUUAUGGAAAAUUAUAACAGUAAAGAUUAAAUCAAAUUAAUGCCAAAAUGUGUCAGAUGUGUUUAAAGUAGAAAUACAUUUCAAAACAUGAAUUCUACAUAUUUGUUAUUGUUCUUC